AUGGCUCGUGCGCUUGUCAUGGCGGUGGCUGCCGUGGCCGUGUUUGUCCUGGUCACUCCCGCCCUCGCGGCCCGUGACCUCAAGACCGUCUCUCCUGCUGUCGGCAGCGUGACUGGCGCCGUCAGCGGCCUGCUCACGGGCGGCAGCCUCCCCACCGGCAGCCUGCUGCCCAACCUGCCCGUUGUGGCGGCGCCCUCCCUGCCCUCCGUGCCCACCGUGGGCACCCCCACCCUGCCCACCCCCAGCCUGCCUGUCGUGGGCAGCGUGACUGGCGCCGUCAGCGGCCUGCUCGCGGGCGGCAUCCUCCCGAGCGGCAGCCUGCCUGUCGUGGGCAGCGCGACUGGCGCCGUCUUCGGCCUGAUCCCCACCCUGCCCUUGGCGCCGGCAGUGGCGUCCAUUUCCUCCACCCUGCCCACCAUUCCCAACCUGAUCACGCCCUCCAUAGUCCUCCCCACCCCGCCCUCCAUUCGCGACCUUGAUGUCCCGAAAAGCCUGCCCACCCUGUUGCUGCCCACUAGCCCUGUUGUUGGCGCUGUGCAGAGCAUCCCCAUUGCGGGCGGGCUUAUUGGGUAG